AGACAGGAGCCGCGAUCCCCACUCCGGCGCACGAAGCCGGGUGACUGCUGUCCCGGGAGUGGGGACGUCGCGUGCACCGUCGGCGAGUAUAUCACAGAAAAAUUCACGAGUCUAAAGUGUACCGCUUGAGGGAUUUUUUUUUCAUAUGCAUACACCUGUGUAACUACUAUCCACCUCAAAGAGGGGGCAUUCUUGAGGUAGAAAAGACCUCACAGUGGGGACAAGUACCUGUUCAGCUUUGAACAGACUAAAGUAAAGCCUGAGAUCUCAGGGUACAGCUGCUCUCCUUGGCCACGCGUAAAAUUAACCCCUGAAAUUAACAAGUGUCUGGGCAAAAAAAGGCAUACUAUUACAUUACAGCUUAUAAUGGCAACCCCUGAAGAAAACAGCAAUCCCCAUGACAGAGCGACACCCCAGCUGCCAGCACAGCUGCAGGAGCUUGAGCAUCGGGUGGCCCGGAGACGCCUGUCCCAGGCCCGCCACCGAGCCACCCUGGCAGCGCUCUUCAACAACCUCAGGAAGACAGUGUACUCUCAGUCUGAUCUCAUAGCCUCAAAGUGGCAGGUUCUGAAUAAGGCAAAGAGUCAUAUUCCAGAACUGGAGCAAACCCUGGAUAAUUUGCUGAAGCUGAAAGCAUCCUUCAACCUGGAAGAUGGGCAUGCAAGCAGCUUAGAGGAGGUCAAGAAAGAAUAUGCCAGCAUGUAUUCUGGAAAUGACAGCCUGCUUUCAAACAGUUUUCCUCAGAAUGGUUCCUCCCCUUGGUGCCCAAUUGAGGCAGUCAGGAAGGAUGCUGAGGAGGAGGAAGAUGAGGAAGAGGAAGAUCAAGAAGAAGAGGAAGAGGAAGAAGAAGACGAGGAGGAGGAGGAAGAGGAAGAAGAGGAGGAGGAAGAGGAGAAAAAAGUGAUCUUAUACUCCCCAGGAACUUUGUCGCCUGACCUCAUGGAAUUUGAACGGUAUCUCAACUUUUACAAACAGACGAUGGACCUUCUGACUGGCAGCGGGAUCAUUACCCCGCAGGAGGCGGCGCUGCCCAUCGUCUCCGCGGCCAUCUCCCACCUGUGGCAGAACCUCUCGGAGGAGAGGAAGGCCAGCCUCCGGCAGGCCUGGGCGCAGAAGCACCGCGGCCCUGCGACCCUGGCGGAGGCCUGCCGAGAGCCGGCCUGUGCUGAGGGCAGCGUGAAGGACAGCGGCGUGGACAGCCAGGGGGCCAGCUGCUCGCUGGUCUCCACGCCCGAGGAGAUCCUUUUUGAGGAUGCCUUUGAUGUGACAAGCUUCCUGGACAAAAGUGAGGUUCCAAGUACAUCUAGCUCCAGUUCAGUGCUUGCCAGCUGCAACCCAGAAAACCCAGAGGAGAAGUUUCAGCUCUAUAUGCAGAUCAUCGACUUUUUUAAAGGCCUUAGCUGUGCAAACACUCAAGUAAAGCAGGAAGCAUCCUUUCCCGUUGAUGAAGAGAUGAUCAUGUUGCAGUGCACAGAGACCUUUGACGAUGAAGAUUUGUAAUGCAGAAGAGGAGCUGCGAGGGGAGGGACCGAAUGAGGUGGGCAGUUCCCAAGGUUGAAUGCUGGCAGCUAAGGUUGCACCUGCCUUGGCCUCCAGGACUCUUUGGAGUGGGUUGUUCCAGAAGCAUUUUGAUGAUUUUAGUUUCUGAUUAUUAUAAAGUAUAAGAGAAGCAUGGCCUCGUGUUGGUCUUUAGGGACUGUUUGGCACAAAGGGCUGGCCUGCUGCUAUUGUGCUCCUAUUAAGGGGGUAGAAAGUACAGCUGGGGCCCAGGCCAUGAGCCUUUCAAGGAGGACAGGCAGGAUCUGUCCUCGGAGGUGACAUAACACCAGGUACUUUCAGCAUGUCCUGGGCACAGGGCAUUGCCCUGAUGGGUUCUAGAGAGUUCCAGAGCCCACCUGCUCAUCCUGCACACUCUGAGAGCCAGGGGCAGUGCUGACCUCAACCCUGUGCCACAGGACAGCUGGGUGGAACCAGAUUCAUCUGCUGCUCCUGGUAACAAAGUCACCUGAACAGGAGCUACAGGGAGGUCCCGGGGUUCUGAGGGCUUUCUGGUGAGGCUUCUGGGCAAAGGGUGCAUACGUGUACCUGGACUUGGACACUGGGGGUGAAGGUGAAUUUUAUGUGUCAACCUGGCUAGUCUGUGAUACCCAGGAAUUUGGUCAAACAUUAUUUUAGAUGUUUCUGUGAAGGUAUUGUUAAUGAAAUUAACAUUUAAGUCAGGAGACUUCCAGUAAAGCAGAUGAUCCUCAGAAUGCUUCCUAUAGGUUAAAGGUCUGAAUCGAAAGAGACGGACCUCCCGGGAGAAAGAGGGAAUCCUGCCAGCAGUCCAACUUUGGACUUGAACUGCGGCUCUUCCCAGCCUGCCGGCCCGCCUUGCAGAUUUUAGACUUGCACCUCCACAACUGCAUGGGUCCCUUCCUUAAAAUAAAUAUUUCACCUUUCUCUUUCUCUGU